UUUGACACGCCUAACUUAUACGGGAACGUAUAGUGACAGGAUGGCGGAGAGGGCUUCUGAAUCAGAAGCUGCAGCUCAACCUGCGUCUCAAGUGGAGGAAACUGACGGAACGAAGCCUCACAGAAGAAUUCCAGCAGCAACAUUCCUGGAUGACAUCGAUGCGUAUAUGAAAGACCCAGCUAACGAGUCCGCUGAAGCCGUUCUAAAGAGGCUUGAUAUGCUACUACAGAACUACAGAUUGUUUGAAGCGAGUCUAGAGCACCAGAGGGAGAGAUCUAAAGAUCGACCUGUCAGUAUUAGAAAGACUUUAGAAGUAGUAAAGCAUCUUAGAGCUAGAAAGGAGUCAGGAGACAACAUGCGAGCCCAGACAUUGUUAGCAGACCAGCUGUAUGUCAAUGCUACCAUCCCACCAACAUCUACAGUUUGUCUUUGGCUAGGAGCUAAUGUCAUGUUGGAGUAUCCAAUAGAUGAAGCGCAAGAGCUACUAGAGAGAAACCUAGUUACAGCAACUGAGAAUCUCGAGGACAUUCAGGCAGAUCUUGAGUUCCUAAGAGAUCAGAGAGUGACGACAGAAGUCAAUAUGGCACGGAUAUACAACUGGAAUGUUCGACGUAAAGAAGCUGCGAAGUCAUCGUGACAUCUACCUCUGCAUUAUUACUCAUUAUCUUGCUACUUGUACUGGAACAUAGAGCUGCAGUAGAGAUAAACUACGAGUGACUG